AUGAACUAUUGUGAUUCUUGUAGAGCAGUGUUGUAAGAAAGAACAGAAAUAGUAAAUAAAAUUAAGAACUUAAAGGGUAUUCUUGAAAUUGCUGAAAAAGAAUUACAAGAAUUAAAAAAUGAAAAUUUAUUGUUAAAGGGUAGUAGAAUAACUAAGUAGAAAAAAAAGCGCAAAAAUAAUAUGUUUAAAUUAGAAUUAGAAUAAAGUUACUAAAAAAUUGAACAAUUAUAAUUGAUAAUUCAACAUAAAGAUAUGAUUAUUGACAAUUAAGUAUUAAAUGAUAAUAUAACUGAAAAUGUUGCCAAUGAAGAAUAAGGAAAAUGA